AUGGCGAAUAAGACUAAGACAGUACAAGAGCCAGUAGCACAAGAACCAGCAGAGCGAGAACUAGCAGCAAAUCUACCUUGUAUUUUUUCUAGAUUGGUUAGCACAUACAAUAGUGUUGGAUUAAAAAAAUGUGGAACCAAGUUGGUUGAAAUUCAGACGUAUUUGGAAGACUUUUCUAUAUGCGAACGGCAUUAUAAUCAACUCAUAGCUUCUAAUUAUUUUCAUCGUCAUCUUUUAAAUUUAAAUAGUGAGCGGUACAAUCCAAAACGGCAAGUUGAAAGUCAUGAUUCUGAAACUGAAUUUAUCGAAAAACAAACCUGUGAAAUUGGUACACAGGUUGAAAAACAAUUGUGUGAGGUUGGCGUACAGACAUCUGAUUCUAUAAUUCAAGACCUUGAAAAUUAUGUAAUAUUACUUCAAGAGCAAUUAAAUAAAAAAAUAAGUGAAAUAGAAGAUCUUCGAAAACAUUUAGAUUGUGCAUAUGAUUAUGUAUGGGAAAAUCAUUUUAGUAAUCAAGAAAAAAGGAUUGAUUCGAUUGUUCAAAUUGCAGCUAAAGAAUGUCAAAAUGUUUAUAAUGAUAUUGAUUCAUUAAUUUUAAAUAAAGAUCAAUUUUCUCUUAAUAAUUUGUUAAAUUUUACACCAAAUAAUUGGUUAGCUAAUCGUAACCCAGUUAUUGUUAACUUUAUUGAAGUUCUUACCCAUAAUAAUGAAAGUAGUAAUAACGAUUCUACUUUAAAAGAAAAGCUCUUCAAAAAAGUAGUUGCAGUUGAUGCGAUUUAUGGAUCAAGACAUAAAAACUAUGUCUCUGAAAUAAAUCUAACCCUAUCAGCAAUUAAGUACUCAUUGGCACAGUUCAGAAUGAUUGUUGAUAUUGACAAUCAUGUUAUUAGUUCUGGAAGUUAUAUAAAAUUUAUUAACUGGUUAGAGUCUCUUGCAAUUGAACAAGAACCUAUGCCUGAAGGGCUUUUAUUUCUAGCCUUCGAUAAUGAACAACGGGGCCAAUAUAAUUAUCUUGAUCGAGAGUAUAAUACUGUAAUUUAUCAUACAGUUACAAGUUUUGUUGCAUUUAAUAUAGAUAAAAAAAAUUUGGUUCAAUUUACAACAAAUCCGUGGUGUUAUAAUUUAUUAAAUAACCUUCAAUAUAAAGAACUAUAUUAUCUUACACCAGAAAUGAAAACAGAAUGUGAAUUGGAAUUAAAUAAAUAUUUGUUGUCAAUUUUAAACGAACUCAUUAAUGAAAAAAGAAACGAAUCGAAUAUAAUUGACACAAUAAUAAAAAAUCAAAAAGGCGUUAGCGGUCACUCAAAAUGGUGUAAAAAAUGUAAUACAACAAACAUCGAUAAUAGAAAACAUACCUGUCCUAACUGCAAUAAAAAGUUGGAUACAUUAGCUGCAUUAAGAGCAGAAUCAACUAAUGAGUCUUUUCAAAUUAGUAAUACGACCUCCCAAUUAAACCCUAUUAUAAUAAAACCUAAUACCUUUACUCAUGAACAAAAAACUUCAUUUGUUGAACGUAUUAGUAUUACACAAAAACUUGAACCUGAUCAAAAUAUUAUUGUUCCUGAAAUGCAUGUGCCGGACCCAUUAGGACUAAACCCUAAUUCGAUAAACAAUGUUAAAAAAGUUUUAGAGCAUAUACAAAACAUUACAAAAAUAAACAAAGAUGGGCGAAAAUGGUUACUUGUUAUUUGUGAUGAAGUUCCUUAUCAUCUUGCUCAAAAAAUAAAAAAAGAUUUUCCUUGGGCUAUCGAUAUCAAACAAUUUGCUAUUCGUCAAAGAUAUAGAACAGAAAAUCAGCUCAAGUUUUUUAAAAAAUGUGCAGACUAUCAUAAAUCGUGGAACUCGAUUUGCGAUAUAUACAGACAUGCUAUGACGUGUGAAUUGCUAUGGCCAUAUGUGGUCGAAGCUGAAAAUCCCUCGGUCGAUGACUAUUUAGAUUGGGUAAAAAAACAAGAUGAUUGCAUUUAUAAAUUAAAAUUCGAGCAGACAUUUGUCUAUCUUCAGGCAAUAGUCAACUUUCGUACAGGAGUCAGGAAUAACAGACCAUCAUUAAGAAAUGCUGCUAGACGUAUAUUUGCUCCAAUUUGGUCCGGUCGUAGACACCCUAUAUAUCGCUAUAUUGAGAUUGUAGAAUUAUACUCUGUUAUUUCAUGGUCAGGCUAUUGUAAUCAACAUCAAGGCUUUGAUGCUAUUCUUGAAGAAAUUAAUAAAUAUUUAAAGGCCUUAAUUCUGCUCGUACCCUCACAGCGAUAUUGGAAUAUAGCAGCUCGAAACUGCACAAAAUUUAUAAAGCGAUUUAGAGUUCAGUUGAGGAAAACCGGAUUUUUAAAUCCUCAAAAUGAUAAUCGCAGGUUUAAGAGUCUUGAAGAGGAAUACUUACUUAGUGAACAAUUAAAAAAUUUUAGCAAUUUGGUAUGUGAAAGGCGAAUAGCAUUUAUUAAGGAAACCUUCGAAAAUAACAAGCCAAGCUUACCACGACCAAUACCUGUUACUGAACAAGAGGAAAAGGCAGCUAUGAGUGAAGAAAAGAUAAAUACCAAAUAUGGAAAUUUCCCGAACUGUAAUAAGAAUCUUUACAAAUUUAAACUUACAUCACAAGAAGAAGCUAAUCUUCAUGCUGCAACACAAUUUCUUGAACUGUUUUAUGAAACAACUAAUGUUCUUUCUAGUAGUACUUAUAUAACUUUAGGUAUUUCUAUUUUACUAAUUAAUGAUAUUAUUGAUAAUAUCUCAUCAUAUAUUCACGAUUCAACAAGUCUAGAAUUUCUCAAAGAAGCCACAACACAAAUGUCUAGAAAAAUUCAAAAAUAUACUAAUGAAAUCUAUGAUAAAAUAGCAUUUAUAGCUGCUAUCCUCAAUCCUCAAAUUAAAUUAGAAUUAAUAUCUAAUGAUAUGAAUACUGAAGCAAACCGUUCUAUUUUUGAUAGUAUUUUUAGAACAGAAUACUCUAACCUUAUUCUAAAUAGUUUACUUACAAAUUUAGAAGUACUAUUAAAUUUAAUAUUUACAGAACAGAUAGUUCAAAAAAAGCAUAAAACAAAUACUUCCAAUAAACCUGAUGAAUUUACUCAGUAUUUGACCAAAGAUUAUUUGGCUGUUCAAUUCAUAUCAGUACCUUCUGAACAG